CAAAACUACAACUCACUCGCUAGCUGCGGUGAUGGCGCCGAGCAUAGGCCAUGCCGGAUCUCAAUGUGCAUGGCCUGCCAGAGCAUACUACAGAGGAAGAACUCUGCCAAUUCUUUAACGCAGCAUGGUUUGCGUCAGUUGGCAAAGAUGUCUUGGAGCUAGAGCCAGAACUCGAACACUCACAGCCGUGUGUAUCAUGCACGAGAAAGCCGUUCUUGGCGACGCUUCACCUGCGCACCGAUGCAGUGGCCAAAGUACUUUUGGAACGUUUGGAGGGCAUCAGAUACAAGGGCAAAGAGCUCAAAAUCCUGAAGCCAGCACAUCAAGGCCGGGUCGCCAACGAGGCCCUCACUGAGGGGGACCAAAAACUGCACAGCCUCAUUGGCUCGAGCAACGGCGAGGUGGUGGCAUCUGAUUGCGAAGUCGUUUGGAAAGGAAACCAGUCCAAGCCAGCGACUUCAAAAAAUCCGGUCUCCCACUACCAGGUUCUAGAUGUGAGUCGUGAUGGCCGACGAGAAGAAGUUGUAUCUUCAUUUCGAAAAGCAUUCCAAAGAUGCUCCAAUCAGAACAUCGGUGCAGUGGUCAGUGCGUAUCAGGUCUUGUCCAAUCCCAUUAAGCGUAGAGCCUAUGAUCAUUGCGCGUUGCAGUUCUUCCUAGAUGCCAAGAAGGCCCGUGAUUGCAGUGACGCACGUCCUGCCGUGUUUGUGUCGCGACACGCCAAACGAAUCAAGUCCGGGCAGAUCAGAAGAGUCCAAAUGGAAGAUAGACAUGCUCCACACUUCAUUGGCAAAGCACCCCAAAUCCUGCAACGCAUCAAUCGGAGCAGCCAAUCUGGGCAAAUGCUUCAACGCAGCCUUGACGGCAAUCGUUCUGGGUACGCAGACCUCAUUGUCUUGGCACCCAUGAUCAAAGAAGUGUGGGUGAUCGGCGAUGCGACACAAAUGGAUGAUAUUGAACGAAGCCUCAAGCACGAGGCAGAAGAAGCAGAUGGAAAACGAGCACCACCCGACGGUGUGGUCAUAACAAUUCCAAAAGCUCAUGCUGAAAAGAUUCCGGAGGGCGACAAGCGCCGGGAGCUGGUGGAUGCAAUCAAGGCCGCAACGUAUUCCACCGUCACCUUCUGCGAGGAUCGAAUCAUACUUCGAUCCGGCCAGGUGCCUUUUGCAGUUGCCAUGCUGCAGAAAAAAGUACUCUGGCGCGGCGAAGUGACGUGCUUUGAUGGAAGCAAGAUGGAUGCUUGGGCAUACACUUUGGUAGCUGAGCGGCAGUCUGGGGGCCCCAACGAGAGAUUAGUCCCAGAUCGAGAACCUGAUACUGAUGAAGUAGAAGCCAUUCUCAAACGAGAGUCGCCUCAGGGUGACAGUCGUCUGGAGAGGGGGCAGCGUAUCCUUCAGUUGCUCCUGGAUGGCAAGACCGUCAUGAGCUUUACCCUGAUCAAGCUCCUCACCUCUCGGGUACUGCACUUCGACGUAUCACAAGCAAAGCUCCAGGUGCAGUGCGAAUACGUGGUGAGCAUCGUCCGGACGUGGUCGCAGUUUCGUUUGACGCGGCCGCUGGGUGACUUCCAGAGGAACAGCCUGUUGCUGGUUCUGUGGAGAGUCCCCCAAAUCAUUGUCGACAAUGGACCGGGAUACCGGAGACAAAUGGUGCAUUUCAUUGCGCAGAAGAUUCCGACUGGACCAUGGGUAGAGUGGAACUGUAUCCUGAAGGAUAUCAGACCUUACGUGGCUAAAUUCUUGGAAUUGGCAUGCCAUCAACUGGCAGCCGCUGAGACUCCUGUGCACUGCGACCAAUCAUGGUCAACAGACACAUUUGUAUGUUCAUUCAUUCUACAACACGUGGCAGGGGAGGCGUUCCACGUACACGAAAGGGCUGGCAUGUGUCGGCGAGUUGAUUAUUGGAACACCGCCGCUGGUCUUCCAAUACCGCAGGUGGUGCCAGCACAACCCGCCGCGGUGCCAAAAGUGAUCCCUCCCAAAGCAGCUCCACCAUCAAAGGAAUCCAAGCAGGCACCUGAACCUGAGUUAGUACCAGCGCCAGCUCCCCCAGCUCCUGCUAAAGAGAGGAGCAGGAGCCGCAGCCCGAGCCAGAGCCGUAGCCCCAGGCGCUCUCCCAGCGCCAAGCGGAUCACUCCGAAGGCGGAGAGAAAGCCCAUGUCCGUCCCACACUGGCAGGAGUCGGUGGACUCAGCCUUGCGUGCUAUCGCGCGUGCAGAGCGUGUGAGUGUCAAAGAUUGUAAGCAGAUGCUAUUCUUUGCCGGGGACAAGAAGAACCACUUCGGAAAGAAGACCCAAAUCCCUCGGAUUUUGGAUAUCAUUUCGAGUGCAGCCUCUGGUUCGCUGCAAGAACUACAGCGACUAGUGGACAGGGACGAGGAGAUUCCUUUGAUGCAGGCCAUUUGUGAUUUGGAUCAAGUGGAGGCCUUGGAUUGGAAGACGGAGUCUCUAUUGCUUCUUCUCCAUUCUGCGACCACAGGUGUCAUGGAAGAGGACAAGAACCUCAAGGACAAGCGACGCAUGCUCCUAAAGUUCAUCGAGAGGCCACCAUUUAAUGACCUGAUUGGGCGGGAAGAAUGCUAUGUGAUUCCAUAUCUGAUGCGACUGCAGAGUAUAUCGGCCCAACGAAAGGUUUGCGAGAUUGCAGGAAAGUUCCCGAUAGCGCGCAGCAUUCAAGACAGUCUUUUGGAAGGUCUGGAAGCAACAGCCAAAGCGGCAAAGCUAAGUACACUGAGCCAGCUUGCAGCUUGCUUCAAAAGUGCGGGCUUCUCAAAGGCCGCCAUGAUCGACACACUGUCCAUGGCAGCGGACCAGGUUGCCGCACGAAAAGGCUUUGAAUCGAUGACGUCCGUUUGGCAUGAAGUGACCAAAUGCGUCGAGCUUGGAGUGCCUGAAGCCAUGGAUCCCUUCUUGCAGAAGAUGCGCGCCUUCGGCUCCUUGGAACGAUUUUCCAACGAUGAGGCACCACCCUCUGUCACGGUCUUCCUGUCAGGGGCCGCAGUCCGUUUGGAUGCGGCAGAAAUAUUUGAGACAGCUUCAUUCAGCGAGAAGUCCAUGGCAAAGUUGAACCUGGAGCAGCUGACCAUUUGCCUCCAACAAUUGCCCAAAGUCCGUGCGAAAGAACGAGCUCUGACUGCAGCGAUGAAAUACAUUGCGACGACAAAGACCGAUGUCAAGCCCGAACAUGCGAUCGUGUUGGUGCAGGCAGCAGACGAGCUGGAGAUCAUGACCCAGCUCGACCGCGCGACCAUCGAAACUGUUUUUGUCUCCGCAAUCUAUGGUAACACACUAGCAGAUUGCAUGAUGGUCCUGAACCUUCUGGUCAAGAACUCUAUGAUAUUGGAAGUUGUGGAGGCAGUGGCAGCAAUCAUGAUUUUGGAGUUUGUACGAACGACGGCCAAUUUGGCAGAUAGCCUUUUGGAGCUGAGAAAUGCUGUUCAGAUUUUGUACAAGCUUGGAGCACUAGGCCGUUUGCCGGGCUUUAUUCGCUCCAUGUCUUACAUGGAGAAGCUGCACGAAGUAGCCCAGUCGCCUCGAUGCAACGAUUCAGCCUUGGCCACCCUUUUGAGCAUUCUUCUUCCUGUACCAGGCCCGAAGACCUCUGAUGGCACCAAUUCCUGCUUUCAGCGGGAUCUCAAGGAUGUGCAGAAGCUCGUGGAUCAUGUCAUAACCCGCAAGACGAGGCGGUGGGAAAUUGCGAAGCUGGAGAGGGAACUUCAUGAUGAGAAGCUGAAGAACAGGUUGCAGAAGGUGUUGGGGAACUUGUGGCUGCCCGCGAUACUCCUCAACUAUGACCUCCAGUGGUCUGGACGCGAAAUCGUCGUGCCUGAGCAUGACCAACUUGCACGACCUGCCUUCAAGUUGGCAGAAAAGCUCUGUGGCAUUGAGCCUGACCAAGUCAAGCAUUUGCCAUCCGAGUCUGAGUCCCAUGUCUUCAAGCUGCUGAUCCGAGUCGUCGGUUAUCACAUGGCAGGCGGUUGCUUACCUGGCCUCUACACAGUAAUAGGCCAUCAUCACGGAUGCCCGGUCUACAGACGGACUAUGCCAGCGAUGGACCAAAAUCCGGUCCUGAUCUAUUACUGGAGCGAGGAGAAGCGCUGGUACAUUGGUCCAGAAGUCGGUGGGGCUUUGGUCUGGGCAUACGCGUCAAAUGCGAAGACGGCGAAUGCGAACCAGCCACCAAGAAGGAAUUGGUAUUGGCAGGGGGCAACUUCAGCAUCACAGAAUUUUCAGAUCAAAGUCUUUGCCCUUGAGGCACCAUCUUCCACGGAGGUACAAGCUGAACCACCUGCGCGAGCUGCAGCCCCCAAAGAGGCCUUUGCUUGCAAGAAGCCCAAGGUUGAGGUUUCAUGUGAAUCGCGGGAGCCAGAGGCCCCGCCUCAGAAAAGACCACGCCAUGAGCGCCAUGAGGCAGUUCCAAUGUCAAAGGAGGAUCAAUGCAGAACGUGGCUGCAGAACUUCGAUGAAAGAGGUUCCUUCCUGCAAUAUUUUCCUGCUCUCGAAGAACAAUUUGAUGCGGAUCUGGAAAAUGUAAAGGAGGCCCGGCUGAUGUCCCAUCCAUCCCGUGGUCGUGCCGAGUCGAUUGAUGAAGAAUUCUGGAAAGCCAUCAACGUGAAGAGCACAGGACACAAGAUCAUGUUUGCAAAGAAGAUUUGGCAACUCCCGUAAUUGACCCCGUGUGGUUCAAGAGUUGAUGAUAGAUCUUUAGCUUUGACUGUUCUAACCGAAGCCUGGAGCAGUCGCCUCUCAACCGUGCUGGGGACGCCAUGCAAAAACCAUGGCUUGUGCUCGGGCGCGGCGGCGAUCGUCUUUGAAAGGCGCCAAUUUGCGAGGGAUUUGCCUGGUUUAGUCCAGGAGCCUCUGAACAAGACAGAAAAAACAUGAAAAACCGAAAAGUUUGCUCGACCGUCACUGGCUCUACUAUUCUUUUGAAUGACCAUUCGCUGUGGAUUGGCCUGGCUCAGCACUGGCUCUUCGGCUCAUUUGUGGCAAUCUGAAAACUCACG